GAUCUGUUAUCUGUAGUUCGCCUGUCUGCUGCUAACACGAGAAGUUAUUGCCAUGUAGCAUAGUGCUAGCUAGUGAGAAACACGCUUUUGCAUCUAGUUUUGCUCGUUUUUUUGCGGUGUCAAGUCUGUUUUUAAAAUGUUGAGUUCUACAUGGAAUUUCAUCAAACGCCAUAAGAGGAAAUUCAUCUUCGCCGGGGUUUUUGUUGGAGGUGUCUAUCUACUUGGUAAAUAUGCACAAAGAAAACUUCAGGAGAUGCAGGAGCGAGAAGCAGCCGAAUACAUCGCUCAAGCUCGGAGACAGUUUCAUUUUGAAAGCAACCAGAGGACAUGUAACAUGACAGUGUUAUCAAUGCUCCCCACUCUCCGAGAGGCGAUCAUACAUCACCUGAACUCAGAGAGCCUCACCGCUUUGCUCAAGACUAAGCCAGCUAAUAAACUUGAAAUCUGGGAGGAUCUAAAGAUUAUUAGUUUUACCCGCAGCAUUGUUGCGGUUUACAGCACCUGCAUGCUGGUGGUGUUACUCAGAGUUCAGCUCAACAUAAUUGGUGGCUACUUGUACCUGGACAACUCUGUGACAAAGAAUGGAACGACCCCCUUGGCCCCUCCUGAUGUUCAACAACAGUACCUGUCAAGUAUCCAACACCUUCUUGGAGAAGGGCUCAUUGAACUGAUAACAGUGGUGAAGAAAGCCGUCCAGGAAGUUCUUGGACCGGUGUCUCUGAAACAGAGUUUGUCUCUACAAGAGUUAGAGCAACAGUUGAAUCAGAUCAGACAGUUAGUGGAGGAGGGAAGUGCGUCCUCUAAACACAAAAGUCUUUCUUGGUACAUGAUGCCUGAUGAAGAGAACACACUAGCCUCACAGGCUUGUGGUCUCACAGAGAAUGAUGUCACAACAAUAAAGCUGCUGAAUGAAACCAGAGAUAUGCUUGAAAGUCCAGACUUCAUUACUGUACUCCGUACUUGCUUGAGCCGAGGCUUUAUCCGAUUCCUAGACAACAUGUCAGAGUUUUUCCGUCCCCCGCAGGGAGACUCCAACCUCUCCAGCACACCUGACCGACUAUCACAUGUAAGCCUCCCGCUAGCUAAAAUCAUUCCCAUCAUCAACGGACAGAUACAUUCAAUAUGCAGCGAAAUACCCAGUCACUUUGUCCAGGAUCUCUUAUUGAUAGACCAGGUAAAAGAGUUCGCCGCCAACGUGUACGAAACGUUCAGCACGCCUCAGGAACUUCAGAAGUGAGCACACGUGCUGAGCAAGACGUGAACUUGUGAAAG